AUGACAAUAACAAUCUAUCGUAAUUUUAAUAACUACGAACCAUGUAUUUCCCUUCUACAACGUUUAUCAAAUGUUGAAUAUUUAACAUUAUUAUUAGCUAUAGAUAAGACAGGUACUACGCCAAAUCAUUUUAUUGAUAGGUUAUUCUUAGACACAAAUAUUGUUCCAUACAUGCCUCGUUUACGUCAAUUUAAUUUUCAUAUUCGCUCAAUAUUAAAAAAUGCUUCUCAUAUAAUGACUGAUCAAAUUCAUCAAAGUUUUGUAAAACAGCAACAAUCAUCUGAUUGCGUAUUCGAUCAUUUCAAGAAUAACUAUGGACAAUGUCAAAUCUAUUCACUUUCAUUUAUUGGCACUCGUCUUGAUUUUGUCUCAAAUCGAUUUCCACUCUUUGAUAAUAAUAACACAUUCUCAAAUGUUACUAUCUUAUUACUGUUUGAUGAUGUCAAACCUUUCGGAAGUGUUUUCUUUGAACGUGUCGCUCGAGCUCUAUCUAGACUUCGAACACUCGAGAUAAUUAAUCAACUUGAACAACGAGAAAAACUGAUAGCAACGAAAACUAACAUUGACUUUGCUCAUUUAACUGCACUAAUUUUAUACGAUAUUCAUAUGGAUUAUGCUGAACAAUUUCUUUUUAGAUUGAUUUUAUCAAACGUGAUUUAUGUACAAGAACGUGAAUUAAAGGAUUAUUUAAUUGAUCUACAAACUCAAGAAUAUACAAUUGUUGUUGUUGAACAGACAAUCAAUAGUCAAAAUUUAUAUGAAUAUACAUUUCCAGAGAAGAUAUUACUUCUACUAGCAUAA